AUGAUGCUGUCGUCGUCAACCGAAGAACAGUUGGAGAACGAAAGAAAGAAACGACGAAUGAGUGAGAGAAGGAGAGUAGGUAAAGAGGAAGAGGAGGUGGUGGAGCUGGAUGCGGGUGGAGCACUACGGGAGAGGCACAGGAGUAGCUUAGGAGAGGCAGGUACAGUUGUUAAACGAUAUCCCAAUCAGGGGAGAAACGAUGGAGCGAAAUGGAGUGACACCAGGUCAAACCAUCGGAUUGGCCCUUGGACCCUGGUCUUUUCCGACCCCUUCCAAGGACUCCUCCAAGAGAGAUUAAGGUGGACCUUGGAACAGCUUUCUCAGCGCAUCUUAUUCACGGAUCCAUGGAGAGUUUGCAACAAGGACCGGUCAAGACUCAAAGUCGUCAUGGAGUCCUUGCUCGGUGCACAACGACAGAUGGAUGAUUGA